ACCUGUGCAGGGGCCGGCUGGAUGCUGCUAGCGUCCCACACAUCAAACUGUCCCGUUUUAAGACUCUAAACUGUGAUAAAAGAAGAUGGACGAGGGCUCCGAGCUGUCUCUGACCAUCGCUCAGAUCGUCCAGCGGCUGAAGGGAAGUCACCUCCACUCUCACAUAGAGAGACAGGCCAGAGAGUGUUUACAUCAACCUGAGAUCAAGUUGGAGUCGCUGAAAGAUGACGUCCGCAGCUUCCUCAAAACAUCAGGCUGGGAAAGACAGCUACAGAAUGCAGUGUACAGAGAACUGCAUGUCCAGCUGCCCCCGAGUCAUCCUGCAGCUCCUCCAGAGCAUCUCAAAGAGCCGCUGGCCUACAUGCGCAAGGCUCAGGCCAGCUGGGAGAAGCGUGUCCUCAAAAGCCUCAACAGCAUGAGUACAGAGCUCGGAGUGCCUCUGGCUCGCAUGAGGCCGGCAGCGGAGCAGAAGGAGCUCUCCAACAAGUGGAACGAGAUGGGCACAGAUGAACCAGAUUUAACCCGCUUCAGGCCUGUUUAUGCCCCCAAAGACUUUCUGGAGGUGUUAAUCAGCUUGAGGAACCCGAAUCAUGACAGCAGCGAGGAUAUCGGCGUCAGGAGCCACUGGGGCCUCAUUCAGAUCCCCCUCAACGUCAGAGACAUCCCUCAGCUGAGACGGGCCUACUCAGAGCUGAACCUCUCCACGGGGCAGCUGGGGAUCGAGGACCACGCUCACAUCCAUCCAGACUUGUUUGAAAACGAUUACGUUCAAAUCGGGAAAAAAGUGCUCGUGGAGCAGGACAGUGCAGCAGCGCAGCAGUACAGUCGGCAGGGCUGCUCCACGGGGCUCCGAGCAGACCUGUGGGCCCUCAUCCUCAACUCCACCAACCAGCCACAGGAUGUGAUGCAUUAUGAACAACUAACAGCUGGAGUUAUACAACACGACCUGCUGGUGGACAACCUCAUCUAUAAGCAGGAUGUGAAGCUCACUGCCAGUAAUGACGACUACUACUUUGUGUUUGAAGAUUACCUUUAUCAGGUGCUGCUGUGUUUCUCCAGAGACACCGCCGUCUUGGAGCACUUCAAAUACAACAGUGCCACGCCUCCUAAAUCCUUCAUCCAGGGGAAAGGAGGAGAUGAGGAGUGUGCUGUUGUUUAUCCUCCCAACGGUGUCAUCCCUUUUCAUGGGUUUUCAAUGUACGUGGCACCUUUAUGUUUCUUGUACAACGAGCCGUCCAAGCUCUACAGUGUCUUCAGGGAAAUGUACAUCCGCUACUUCUUCAGACUACACUCCAUCUCCUCCUCUCCCUCGGGCAUCGUGUCUUUGUGUCUGCAGUUUGAGCGUCUGCUCCAGGCUCACCUCCCUCAGCUCUUCUACCACCUCCGACAGAUCGGAGCGCAGCCGCUGCGUGUGGCCUUUAAGUGGAUGGUGAGAGCGUUCUCUGGUUAUCUGUCCACCGACCAGCUGCUGCUGCUGUGGGACCGAGUCCUGGGAUACGACUCUCUGGAGAUAGUAGCAGUCCUCGCAGCCGCCGUCUUCGCCUUCCGCGCCGAGAACCUGAUGGAGGUGACGUCGCUGGCCUCGGCCGAGGCUGUCCUCGCCGACCUUUCAACUCUGAAGGUGAUGCCGCUCCUCCAGAUCUUCCUCUUCGCCACGGUGAUCUGAGGCGCUGCAGGAGGAGAGCGUGGGACUAACCAACACGCCACGGAGAGUAAAGACACGCUGCAGAACGCCACGACGCUCUAUUGACCAUUCACCAGGAAACAGGGGAACAACCGACAGGACGCUUCAUCCUUUAGCCUGAACGCUCCAUGAAGAGAGGAUCCUCUCACCAUAACCUCCAUCAUGUUAUUAGAUAUUAAACAGCAUGUUAGUAAAGACUGAAACCAGUCAGCUUCACAAGAUCACCUCCUGAUAGACACAUAUGAUCUGGAGGAGAGACCAGAAUCACAGCAGCUACC